AUGAGAACCCAUAUGUGUGACAAAUGUUUCCUCCUCCUGGUUCUAAAAGAGCCUUGUCCCACUCAAUGUUCACUGUGACUAGUUAACAGACACUUCUCUCAUUUGGCUGUUUGCUUCCUUACGACGUAGUCUUAGCCCAACAUGAAGCCAGCGGCCACCAGCCCUGCACCGGGGGAUGAGAGUAAGAGUGUCCCUCUUCCCCAAGGCUGGAGAUGUUACAAGUCACCCGAGGGAUGCAGGUACUACGUCAACACCGGCAGCAAAGAAACAACAUGGGAACGGCCCUCUGCUACUUAUGGAACCCCAGUGAGACCACCGGCACAAAGGAACUCCUUACCAGAAGCCAAUGGAGCACUUUAUACCACAGGAAGUGCUAUGCAUCCCACGGACCCCCCUGGCGUGCCCCUACGGAGAGCCACUAUGGACAAACAGAACCCGGGGAACAAUUCGCCAGCUAAGAGGCAGAACAAGGAGAUCAAGGAGACCAAGAUAACAAUCAACUGCGUCACCUUCCCACUGCCCAGUGUGACGCCAGAUCAACCAGAGCAGCAGCUACUGAAGCCCAAUGAGUGGAGCUACUGUGACUACUUCUGGACUGACAAGAAGGACCCCCAAGGGACCCCCUCUGUGGGCGGCUUUGAAGUGCUGCUGCAGAAACAGCUCAAGGGCAAACAGAUGCAGAAAGAGAUGGCUGAGUUCGUCCGGGAGAGGAUAAAGAUUGAAGAUGAAUACUCUAAGAACCUCUCCAAGCUCUCCCAGAGCCCCUUGGCUGCUCAGGAGGAAGGAACCCUUGGGGAAGCUUGGGCCCAGCUGAAGAGGAGUUGUCAUGACGAGGCUGAAGUCCACCUCAAGUUCUCCAACAAGCUCCAGUGUGAGGUGGAGAAGCCCCUGCUGACGUUCAGAGACAACUUCAAGAAGGAGUUGAAGAAGUACGAUCACCACAUCAUAGACCUCAGGAAGCAGCUGGCCAGCCGCUAUGCAGGCGUGGAGAAGGCCCGUAAAGCCCUGGCAGACAGGCAGAAAGAUCUGGAAGUGAAGACCCAGCAGCUGGACAUCAAGCACAUGAACAAACACGAGGAGGACAUCAAGAAGGCCCGGCGGAAAUCCACACAAGCAGGUGAUGAACUCAUGCACAAUGUGGACCUGUACAACCGGGCCCAGUCCAAGUGGUUUGAGGAGAUGGUCACCACAAGCCUGGAGCUGGAGAGACUUGAGGUUGAGAGGGUGGAGAUGAUACGACAAGAUUUACGGCAGUACACAACACUGCGACAUGAAACUGACAUGUUCAACCAAAGUACGGUGGAGCCAGUGGAUCAGCUGCUUCAGAGUGUGGACCCAGCCAAAGACCGAGAGCUGUGGGUGCAGGAGCACAAGACCGGAGAGCUCCGCCCUGUGGACAUGGACAUAUAGUCAACUACAUUGACGUACCUCAAGCAGCCAGAGGCAACACCUCCAUACUGUCAGAAUCCCAGGCCUCUCACAGAACAUUCCAACUACAGCUACAGGUGCAUGUAUGUUCAGGAUAAGGUGAGGCCUGUACAGUCUGUCUAUGAUGACAUCAGAAUAGCACAAUGUUAACUCAGUGAUAACUGGAGAAAAGUUAGCAUUCCCAAUGCAGUGCUUUUGAACCUACAAUGGAAAAACAAGAGACCAAUAGUCCAAAUACCAGCAUGUUACAGUAAUACAAUGUUUGAUAGUUUUACUCUGUAUAAUGAAUGCCACUAAACAAGCUUAAACAAUUAUUUUGGGUUUUAUCUGUUGUAAAAUUAGAAGUUUCCACUAUUAAGAAGGAUACAUUUUUAUGUAUUUGAGGAAUAGAUUGGAUGCAUUGUAAAACCUUAGAAUGUUGGCAUAUAAACUGAACAACUAAUUAUUAACAUUUCACUUUAUUUUAGAUACUGGAACAUGAAACAUUAUGUGAUAUCCUAGAUUAAAUAUGAUAUAUUUUCAUAUUUACGCCCAUUCAUUUUACCUGUCAAGAUAUGCAUGUUUUGGGAAAAUAUCUUACAUUUACUGUAUAUGGUUAAGUGCAUAUUUGUGAAAUAUGAUGGCUGUCUUGGCACUGUAGUACAAUGUAUAUGGGAUGUGUUUACAGAAAGUAUAUACUCCAAGUUACUGCACUCAAUGAACAAGAGUGAAUCAACUUAUUAAGGUUUGUCAUGAACAUGAAUUUAUGUACAACAACCUCUCUCUAAGUUGAAUAGGGUAAGAUGUUUAGGAUUGUGAAACAGCAUGUCUGUCACACGUCACCUCGUGUGGCAGAUUGGAACAUAGGCCUGAGUCUAUUUUGGAUCAGUGGUGAGACAAUGAUGACGACGAUCCAUGUUACAAUUAACACCUUUUAGUGCCUCAAGGUU